AUCCACCCAAAAAAUAAAAUUAAAAAAAAAAAUUUAAGAAAAACAAAAUAAAAAAACAAAAAAUAAAAAUCUUCCAUUCACAACUACAAAGAUCACAAACCAACAAUCUUCAAUUUCAUCAUCCAACUCUUUGUUUUACAAAAUUCAAUUUCUUAGUGAAGUGAAGUUGUGAAUCUUGAGUGUUUGCAUCAAUGGCUUUGCAAGUUAGUAGUGCAGGGUUCCCAAUAGUUGUUCACAGAAGAAGAGGAGGUGGUGGUGGUGGUUGUGGUGCUUUUGGGGCAAGGGCAGUGAGUUCUGAGAGUAUAACAACAGUGAAGGGAGGAGAGGAGGAUAAGGUGAAGCUUGGAGGGUCUGAUGUGAAGGUCACUAGGCUUGGCCUUGGUGCUUGGUCUUGGGGUGACACUAGUUACUGGAAUGACUCUGGAUGGGAUGAUAGGAAGCUCAAGGCAGCCAAGGCGGCUUUCAAUGCCAGCAUCGAUGGUGGCAUCACUUUCUUCGACACUGCUGAAGUGUAUGGCAGCAUGUUCAUGGGAGUUGUAAAUUCUGAAACUUUACUCGGAAGUUUCAUCAAGGAAAGGCAAAAAGUCGACUCAGUUGAAAUAGCAGUGGCAACCAAAUUCGCUGCCUUGCCUUGGAGGUUUGGUCCGGGGAGUGUUAUUUCGGCUCUUGAAAACUCACUCUCUCGUCUUGGACUUUCCUCUGUUGAUCUUUAUCAGCUUCAUUGGCCAGGAAUAUGGGGAAAUGAAGGGUACAUCGAUGGUCUUGGAGAUGCUGUUGAAAAGGGUCUUGUGAAGGCGGUCGGAGUGUCAAACUACAAUGAAAGGCGGCUUCGAGACGCUUAUGAUCGACUGAAAAAGCGGGGAAUUCCACUUGCUUCGAACCAAGUCAAUUACAGUCUCAUUUACAGAGCCCCGGAGGAGAACGGCGUAAAGGCAGCUUGUGAUGAAUUAGGAAUCACUUUGAUUGCAUAUUCUCCGAUUGCUCAAGGUAUUCUAACUGGGAAGUAUACACCGGAAAAUCCUCCGACUGGUCCGAGAGGUCAAAUUUAUACCCCUGAGGUCUUAACAAAGCUACAACCUUUGAUUGCAAGAAUUAAAGAGAUCGGAGAAGCUUACGGCAAGACCAAUACACAGGUUGUUCUAAACUGGUUAGUCUGUCAAGACAAUGUAGUACCAAUUCCAGGUGCCAAAAAUGCAGAGCAGGCUAAAGAGUUUGUUGGCGCCCUCGGGUGGAAGCUCACCGAUCAAGAAGUCGAAGAACUCCGGUCACUUGCAGCCGAAACAAAACCGGUCAUCGGAUUCCCUGUUGAAAAACUCUAGUUCUAAUACUGUUCCUGUAACCAUUGCAAAUAGUAUCAUAGUAUCAUAUACUACAACAAUUACCAGUUCUCAAUAAAUAUAUUUGUUGAAAUAUUAGUUUGAAA